AUGUCAACUGCCAAGCUACCCAAGAACUUCGGCGUUGUCCUUUUCCCGGGCUUUCAGCUCCUCGAUGUCUGCGGCCCUCUGGAUGCCCUCAACGUGCUCUCAAGCUCGCAUACUCUCAAACUCUCUAUCUUAGCCGCAACUCGAGAUCCCGUGGGAACCCAGCAUCUCGCACAGUACCAGCAGGGCUCGUACUUCAACCAAUCGAUCAUUCCGACGCACACGUUCGACGAUGCGCCUAAGGACCUGGAGGUCUUGAUCAUCCCUGGUGGUCUUGGUAACAGGAACGAUGAGAACAUGAAGCCUGUAGUGGAAUACUUAACUUCAUUGGGAUUAAGCUCAUCACCGCAGAAGGGUCUGAGAGGUGACAUCAAGUGGAUCCUGACAGUCUGCACCGGAAGCGAAAUCCUAGCAAGGACUGGAGUGCUGAACGGAAAGAAAGCUACAACGAACAAAAGAGCGUUCAAGCAGGUCAAAGAAAAACAUCCAAAUGUCGACUGGGUGACCAAGGCGAGAUGGGUGGUAGAUGGAGAGUUUUGGACUAGUUCCGGCAUCUCUGCUGGUAUCGAUCUAACCUUUGCCUGGAUGAGCGAAGUGUUUGGAGAGGAGACCGCGCAGCAUGUGGCUGACCGAAGCGAGUAUGAGAGGAGCACCGACCCACGGAGCGAUCGCUACGCAGAGCGCUGGGGAGCUAUUUGA